AUGGCAAUCAGAGCGUAUCUUAAAUCAACAUAUCCAACUUCAAUCAUACACCUUAAGAGCAUUAAUUUACGGGCAAGAGCAGAAUGUCCUUUGUUUGUGUGGAUUCCCGGAAAUCCUGGAUUGAUGGAGUAUUAUGAAGAGUUUUUGAUGCUUGUACAUCGCCACCGCCCAGAUUGGGAGGUCUUGGGGAUAUCCCAUGCUGGAUUCAAUACGGUUGAGCCUGUCGAGGAGCGGAGGAAGGACGGCAAUGUCGUUUUCUCGCUGGAGCAGCAGAUUGAUCAUAAGCUCGAGAUAAUUCGAGAAUUUUCCUCUCCUAAUAGGCCAUUGAUUAUCAUGGGCCACUCAGUGGGUGCCUAUAUGGUACAGAAGAUUGCGAUGUCUGAGAAACUUGUUGGGAAAGUGAUUAGAACUGGGUUACUGACGCCCACCAUAUUAGACAUCCAUACCUCUGAGCGGGGACGUUUAUUGAGCAGAGCGUUUUACUGGCUAAGAAGCCUACCAACUUUGGCUGGAUGGGGCUCUAGUCUUUUAUUUGAUUGUUUUUUACCAUCUUUGGUGACCAAGACUUUGUUAUCAAUUGCUAUGGGAUGUGGUCUGAAGAGUUCACCCGUAUUGGCGACUGAGAAACUUGUCAAGAACAGCAAGUUUAUCAAGCAGGCUUUAGGACUCGCCGCAUUCGAAAUGCAAGAAAUAAGGACCGAUUGGGAGUUUCAAAGAGAUUUUAUCAACCACUGCAACAAGAACAAAAUAUCAACAUGGUUACUGUUUAGCAACUCGGACCAUUGGGUAGCUGAAUCCACCAGAGAGGAUCUAAUAAGGUUCUACGACCAGAAUUAUGAUCAAGAUAGGGUCACGAUUCAUGUGUGUGACAUCCCGCAUUCUUUUGUUUUAAAACAUUCCAAAUACUUAGUUGAUAACUUCUUUGUUGAAAGCUAG